AUGGACUUCCAUCCGAAGGAACUGAGAAACCAGCCUGAGUCAGACAAACAACCUUAUGCAAAGGUACCAAAACCCUUCCUUGAGCCCCAUCAACAACAGCCACAACCAUCUGGCACUGCUCUCCCUUUGUUUGCACCCGAACCCAACAACAAAAUCAGCUCCCUGUCAGCAUUUCCUGAUUCAGCGUUAGCUGCAACCAGGUUUCCCGGGAUGGGUAGCUAUUUUAGCUUGGCCCAGUGGCAGGAGCUUGAGCUGCAGGCUUUGAUAUUCAGGUACAUGUUGGCAGGUGCUGCUGUUCCUCCUGAACUUCUUCAGGCAAUAAAGAAGAGCCUUCUUCAUACUCCAUAUUCCCUCCAUUACUCUCUUCAGCAUUACCCACAUUUUCAGCCUGCUAUGUUGCAAUCAGGGUACAGGGGAAGAGCUGCCCUGGAUCCAGAGCCCGGGCGUUGCCGGAGAACGGACGGCAAAAAAUGGCGGUGCUCGAGGGACGUGGUGGCUGGUCAGAAGUACUGCGAGCGCCACGCUCAUCGAGGCCGAAACCGUUCAAGAAAGCCUGUGGAAAUCCCCACAUCCAUCACUACUGCUAACUCUGCUACCGAAGCUUUUAGUGGUGGUGAGACUCUCAAACUCAAAGCCACCACUCCCAUUGCCGCUCUGCCCUUGGAAACGGUGGCUGGUGCAAUCCAUUUUGCUCUUUCAGGACCAUCCCCUUCCAGUAUUGAUCUCCUCCAGUUUAAUCCAAGGUUCGCAGGGUCCAAAACUGAUAACAAGGGCCUCUUUGAAGCCCAAAAUGAAGAAUCUGCGGAUGGUAAAUCUGAUAGGCACAUCCUGCGCCCUUUUUUCGAUGACUGGCCGCGAUCUCUUCGACAAUACGAUAAUGCUGGAAGCAAUGCGAGCCCCGUGAACUCUGCCACCGGCCUCUCCAUUUCAACGCCCGGAAAUUCAUCGUCGGAUGUGUCGUUGAAAUUAUCUACUGGCGUUCUAGAGGAGCCAGGCUCCCGGGAUGGCAAUGCAGAGCCAGAGCAAGUACAUAUGGAUUGGGCAUCUGCUGGAUGGGCAACAAACCAUGUGACUUUCAUGGGGGGCCCGCUAGCAGAAGCAUUCAGAUCUUCAACGUCCAAUUCAUUGACAACGAGUGUUCUUCAUCCACUGCCCCGUGUAUCUGCCCCUCAGGCUAGCGUUGUUGGCACCUGAAUUUAGUCGAGUCUUUACGUCCUUGUGAUGACUCGCUCUU